CUGUGUGGGUGAGUCGUCACCGUUUCUGCAACGUCGAUGAAUUUACACGGAAUACAAUAACUUGUCUUCCCGUGUGCAGUAAUGUCGAAGUGGCUGAAUGAUGACGAAGUGCUGGUGGGUCAAGGCAGCGGUGAGGCUGCACCAGUGAGCCCCAGACUGCGAGGCCCAUCAGCUGGGAGCCCCAGACUGCGAGGCCUAUCGGCUGGGAGCCCCAGCCCCAGCCAGGGUGUUUGUAGCCCACGGGCUUCCCCCAGAGCCAGAGAGGCAGGUUCAGGAAGCCCAAAGGCAGAGACCAUGGGCAAGGCCAAAGAGCUGUUUGUGCUGUGUGACAAACAGGGGAAGGGCUUCAUCACAAAGUGGGACAUGCAGAGGCUGCAGGUGGAGUUGUCUCUGUCCCCUGAACAGCUGGACACGGUGUUUGAUAGUCUGGACCGAGACAGCAACGGAUUCCUCACUCCUGUCGAGUUCAACACAGGACUCGGUGAGUUGAUGGGGCUGGAGGACUCGACUGAACUGGGUCAAAGCGAAGCCGAACAUACGGACCAGGUGGACUCCUCCCAGGACCCCGUUGCAGUCCGAUUUGUAAACAUACUGAUGGAGCUGGGAGCGGACACACUGUUUAAGGAUCAGCAGGAGCUCUCGUCUCUGUGGUGUGAACUCCAGAGAGACAGGCCGGAGCUGCUGAGCGCCCUGGACGGCGUCCUGAUCCACGCAGUGUCGCAUCUACAGGACUCCUUCAGAGAGAGAGACAGUCUGGAACAAGCUCUACGCAGACGGGAGAUUGAACAUGAUGAGGUGGUUCGGUCCAUAUACGGAGAAAUGGAAAACCAAAUCCGAGAGGAGAGAGAGAAACGUCUGGUUCAGGACAGUAUUGGACAGAAGCAGAGAGGAAGACAACUGGAGGAGCUGAAGCUGCGUGAGCAGGAGCUGGAGAACUCGCUGAGCAGACAGAGAGAGGUACACGUCCACAUCGGGCCGCCGCUCCUCCUGAAGAGUUUGAGUUUAAUGAAUGAGACCCGUCUUUGUCCGAAGCUGGAAACCAGAGUCCGGCAGCUGAGCUGUGAACAGUCAAACAUCCAGGAGCAGAACCAGCAGCUGCGCAGCCUCAACCUCCAGCUCCAGGAGCAGGUGGAGCGCAGCAGGGAGCAGCUGCAGGCCGCGCUGGCUGAGCUCGGCCUGCUGCAGGGCCAGGAGCAAGUGGCCAGGCAGAGAAACGUGAUUCAGGUGUCGAGGAACAUGCAGAAAGAGAAGGACAGUCUCUUCAGACAACUGGAGCUCUUGAGGGAUAUGAACAAAAGGCUGCGAGAUGAGAAGGAUGUCCAACAGUCUCAGAAGAUGAAUCCAAACGUCUCAACGCCCUUGCUGAAGAAAGGGUCAACUCUAGGUCACUACGUCCUGCAAGACAAGCUGCUGAAAAGACAGCUGAGCUCAUCGGAGUUGGAACAGGACAAAGACACGGGGGUCCCAAACUUAUCCAAGAGACGCCAGCCGUCCUCUAGAGUCGUGUGUGAAGAUGUUGAACAGGUGCAAACUCAGAGGACACUCGUCAGUCCACAGCGAGUGUUCAAGGUGGUCUUCCUGGGUAACUCCGGCGCUGGUAAGAGCUCCUUCAUCCAGCAGUACUGCACCGGACUCUUCUACAGUAAAAUGGACGCUACUGUCGCUAUCGAUUUUAAGAUGAAGACUUUAACUCUGGGCUCCACCGUCAUCACCCUCCAGCUGUGGGACACUGCAGGACAAGAGAGGUUUCGCAGUGUAACUGAGCAGUACUACCGCCAAGCUGACGGAAUCCUUGCCAUGUAUGACAUAACUCAUGCCUCCUCCUUCACUGCUGUGCGAGCGUGGCUGGACUCUGUGAAGUGUCUGUCCCAGGAGAAGGUGGGUGACCGCGCGGUCCUGAUGCUGCUGGCCAACAAGCUGGAUCUGGCAGGGGAUCGCCGCAGAGAAGUGAAAACCAGGGAAGGGCAGAGACUCGCAGAUCAGCACCAAGCUUCGUUUUACGAGUGCAGUGCAAAAACUGGACGUAACGUGGAGGAGCUGAUGACUUUUCUAGCUGGGAUGUUAGUCUCCCGGCAUGAUCGCCAAUGUGAAGAUGCACUUUUACUGACGGAGGAUCUGGCCCCGGGAGGCUGCUGCCCAUGAACGCAGGACAAAGAGGCUUUGAGCUCGCAGCCCCGCGUCCUAAGGUCACCGGCAUCCUCUGAAGACACAAACAUCAGCAUUGUUCUGAGAACAAAUUCACUGAAGAGUAUCACCAUUGUUCUGGAUCUUUAUAAUAAAAUCAACAAUUUGUUGUUGUUGCUGUAUAGUCUUA